UUGAAAACAUGUGGAUAUAUAUGUAUAUAUAUUUGUAUUUACAGGUAUCGUGGUGAUUGUCUAAAUCAGGCAAUCUGUAAAUGCUCAUGUGAGGUUGAUCCAACAAAAUCUGCCAAAAAUGCUUGCUCCAAAUCUGAACGUUGUGACUGUUUACGGAUCAAAGAAGCCUGCAGUAAGCUGUGUGCCUGUAAACAAAUAUGCAAAAAUAAAGAAACGCUCAAAAAGUUGACAAAAGUGACAAAAUCCACUCAGGGUUGCCAAUGUGCAAAAAGUAAAAAACAGUGCAUAAAAAAAGAAUGUGCGUGUCGAACAAUGUACGAAUUUUGCAGCCGAAGAAUAUAUUUUACAACACUUAAGGUUGACCUCUAUGAAAUUGUAAUUUAUGUGUCCCGAAGUCCAUGUUUUCAUCAAGACUGUGAUCCAAAAUGUGAGGUAGUCGACGAAUGUAAAAGUAACAAAGCUUGUGCUAAACUGCUUGGCUUACUGUUAUCAAAGGUACGUAAAGAGCUUAGCAAAGUGGAUAUUCGGAUGACCGUCAAAUUUCUGUAUCCACAUUUGAAUCGCGGUGAUCUGUACACCAAACAAGGAAUUCUUUGUAUGCUACAAACUGGCAUUAAGGUAGAACCACUGUUGAUGAAGGAUUGGUCAGCAGUUAUGGAUUGGUCACCGCAUUGUGAUCAUAAAACUGAAUAUCUACAGCUCUGGAACAAUCAUCAUCUGGAUAAAGCAGUUGCUCAAUCUCAAGCGUUUAUUAAUGAAUGUCGACGAGCACUUGGAUUGUCGAUGAAAUUUUGGGUUGCAGAAAUUCAUGAAAUUGUUAAAAAUACAAUCCUGAAUUAUUCGGAAAUUCGAACAAAAUGUGCAGAACUAAAUGAUGCAUUAAAACAGCUUGAUCUUACAGCAACACCUCUAAAAAUGCGUUCAACACCGAGUAAACGUCGCAGUUUUAUUGAUAUGAUCGAGCUAAGAGACAAAUUGCUGUUGAGGCAUUCAAAUGAUUCAAAGAAAACUGGCAGUAAUAUGUCGGUUGCCAGUGAAGAAGCACAUGCACAAGCAAUGGUUGCAUCGUUCUGUGGACGAUCUUUUGAUGACGGUGAAACCAAUGAAAUUGCUCAACGAAUACGACGUGCUACAGCAAAUAUUAAUGUGGAAAUUGAAAGUUUACUGGAAUUUUUGACACAUAAAGGUGCAGUUGGGUAA